UUCUUUUUCUUUGUAGAUUUUCAUCUUAUUCUUGUCAAAAACAAUGACUAGGAAGAAGGUGAAACUUGCUUUCAUUGAGAACAAUACCGCAAGGAAGGUAGCAUACAAGAAAAGAAACAAGAGUUUAUUGAAGAAGGUCGAUGAAAUAUCAACACUUUGUGGUAUCGAGGCUUGUGCGAUUAUUUAUGGCCCAUACGAUCCUCAACCUGAGAUCUGGCCAUCACCAUCGGGAGUUGAAAAGGUGCUUUCGAAGUUCAAGACAGCACCGGAGUUUGACCAAAGCAGAAGGAUGGUGGAUCAAGAUAGUUUUCUGAAACAAAGAAUUUCCAAGGCUGAAAAGCAACUGAAAAGGCAAUGGGCAGAUAACAAAGAGAUUGAAACAACCAUGCUGAUGUUUCAAUGUCUCAAUGCUGGGAAUGUCGUGCAGAACAAUAUGUCGAUGGGUGAUUUGAAUGAACUUUCUCACAUGAUUAAUCAUAAUUUGAGGAAGAUUGGUAGAAGGAUUGAAUCAGUUGAUAGUGAAAAUAUUAAUCAACAAAAUCCAAUCGAAAGUCAAGUCAUGGCUGCUCAAAGCAAAGUCCAACUCCCUAUGGCACCGCCACCACCACUACUACCACCGCCGCCGCCACCACCAACCGUACCUGAUAAUGAUGAUAUUGAAAUGAUGAGUAGGUUGGGAUGGAUAUGAAUAAUAAUGUCAUUCAAAAGCAGUUGUUUAUGGACUUGAUGAUGCAUAUCCUUUGAGGUGGAUAUGACGACUUUACUCCAAAAUUUUAAUUAUAUGAUGAUUUAUAUUUUUGGUUUUUUUUUUUGUAUGUGAAGAUACAAUCAUUGGUCUUCAUAGUGUAAUUUUCACUUGUUUUAUGUAUUGGUGUUUGAUUGA